AUGGCGACGCACUCCCACGAGCAUGGGUCUUCGCAUUCGCACGACCACAACCCCACGAAUGGCAACGGCACACCGCACGGCCACUCCCACGAGAUCCUCGACGGGCCGGGCUCGUACAUCCACCGCGAAAUGCCCAUCGUCGAAGGCCGCGACUUCACCGACCGGGCAUUCACCAUCGGCAUCGGCGGCCCCGUCGGCUCAGGCAAGACAGCGUUGAUGCUGGAACUCUGUCUGGCCCUCCGGAACGAAUACAACAUCGCCGCAGUGACCAACGACAUCUUCACCCGCGAAGACGCCGAGUUCCUCACGAAACAUGGCGCCCUGGCGCCCGAGCGGAUCGUGGCAAUCGAGACCGGCGGGUGUCCGCACGCUGCAGUGCGCGAAGACAUCUCGGCGAACCUGUUGGCCUUGCAGGGUCUGCAUGCUAAAUUCCAGACGGAUCUGCUGCUGAUCGAGUCGGGCGGCGACAAUCUCGCCGCUAACUAUAGUCGCGAAUUGGCAGAUUUUAUUAUUUACGUUAUCGACGUUGCUGGGGGUGACAAGGUCCCGCGCAAGGGUGGGCCGGGCAUCACGGGCAGCGACUUGCUGGUCAUCAAUAAAUGCGAUCUGGCGGCUGCGGUCGGGGCUGAUGUUGACCUUAUGGAGACGGAAGCGAAGAGGAUGAGGGAGGGUGGUCCGGUCGUGCGGGCGGUCAUCAAGAACGGCGUCGGGGUCAAAGAGACGGUUGAUUUGAUUCUGUCCGCGUGGAAGAGUACCUCCGGCUACAGUGUGAGUCGGAAACGGUGGGCCGCUGGUGCGCCGAGGGGGAGUGGUGAGCAGCCUAAGGUGGUUCGAGAUACGAGGUUUCCACGACAGUAG